UGUUUUUCCGGUAGGUCUCUCUUUUUUGUUAAAUAGUUAUACUGGUGUUUUUGUGGCUAGCAGCUUAUCAGAAGAUACCGAGGUUAUCUCUGUUUAGACGCUAUACUGAGGUCGAUUUUCUCAUGGAGGACUUGUACAGUUAUUAGCCAAGAGGAUAUACGAGUGGGCAAGGACAGACCACAGGAAGUACACACUCGGUUUGUUUGCCAUGGGGAACACCUGCAGUAAUCAUCUUGGGAUUCCUCAAGGCAAGGGCCCUAAUUCUGUGGGGUGCACUGACUUCAUGAUGGACCACACCGCUCAGGGGAGCUUCUUCCGGCUUUACUAUCCUUGUCAAGAGACUGAAAAACCUGACAGACCAGAUUGGGUUCCGUGUGUGGAAUAUUUUAAUGGUCUGGCAGAUUUUAUGAAGAUAAACAGGAGUCUCAGUGAAAGGAUUUUCAACUACCUCUUUGGGUCCUUCAAGAUUCCAGCCUCCUUGGACGCUCCCUUUAAAUCCAAUGAAAAAUGUCCAGUAGUUAUCUUCUCCCACGGCCUUGGAGCUUUUAGGACUUUGUAUUCAGCUAUAUGUGCAGAAUUGGCCUCUCAGGGCUUCAUCGUGGCGUCUGUGGAACACAGAGACGAGUCGGCCUCGGCUACGUAUUAUUUACGUGAGAAGACAGAGUCGGAGAAGGCGGACAAGACCGUGUCCAUCACCUCCACCUCGGCCCAGGACACCCUGAUAGAAGAGUGGAUGUACUACAGGAAUCUGCAGCACGGAGAGAGCGAGUUCACCCUCCGGAAUAAACAGGUGAAGCAGAGAGCAGAUGAAUGCAUUCUGGCUCUGGACAAACUCAUUGAAAUCAACUCGGGGAUACCAGUGCAAAAUGUUUUAAAAUCUAAAUUUGACUGGACAAUGUUGGAGAACUCCAUGGAUCUGUGUCGGAUCGCAGCGGUGGGGCAUUCCUUCGGGGGAGCGACAGCCAUCGAAGCUCUCUGCAAAGAUGUCAAAUUCAAGUGUGGCGUAGCGCUGGACGCCUGGAUGUUCCCUCUGGACGAUGAGAUCUUCCCCCGGGUGAAGCAGCCCAUCUUCUUCAUCAACUCAGAGAAGUUCCAGUGGGCGGGAAACAUCAGCCGAAUGAAGAAGCUGGAUUCAGCCGUCAUUCAGAGGAAAAUGAUCACCAUCAGAGGCACGGUCCACCAGAGUUUCCCGGACUUCACCUUCCUGACGGGGAACUGGAUCGGCAAGCUGAUGAAGCUGAAGGGAGAGAUCGACUCGCAGAUCGCCAUGGACCUGUGUAACCAAGCAACACUAGCCUUCCUGCAGCGCCAUCUAGGUCUACAUAAGAACUUCGAUCAGUGGGACGCUCUGAUCAACGGGCAAGAUCCAAACCUCAUUCAAGGAACUAACGUUACCGUGCUUCAGUCUGCCAUCUGAUCAUCCCUGAACCUUGGGAGUCAGCUGAUCAGUCGAAAAAGAUUUCAAGCCAGGCCUACUAGGCUUUCCAAACAGACAGAGAAUCAACAUUUUGGAGAAGGAAUCAAUAGGAAGGAUAUUCUCUUACCUCAUCAGGAGUGGUUUGUUUUCCUCCACGGAUAAAACACUCACUCAGCGUACCAGCGUUUGUUCCCUGAGGCCUGAAUGUUGCUGAACAUUUGUUCUUUUCACUGUGACAUCUUCACCAUUAGCAGCCAUUUCUGUAGAUAUAGGCUUUCCAUAAUUUUUAGUGUAUACAAAUUGAGAUGUCAUUUCACAUGUCUCUUUGGAUGUGACCUUCCAAAAGAGACCAGCUACUCUUUGAUUGCAGUGUGAUUACGGAAUAACGUCUACAAUGAGGUAGCCAACCAAUAGGUAUUGUUAAAAAGAUUGAAGACUUGUAUGAUUUUAGAUAAAUUAUUAACCUAUCCAUGAUAUCAAACUAAAUGUGUCCUUCCUGAUUCAACAGGAGCAGCUCCACACAGUAUGUAAAUAGAGAUCAUUAAAAGCUUUAACACUAAUAGGCUGCAUUGAGAUAUCAUGUGCCUGAACUCUCAGUACUGUAAUUCUUGGGUCUCAGCCUUCCACUUUUAUACAUUAAAUGUCUGAAAUAUCUGCCAUAACACAAAUCCAAUAAAUCUGCUUUGUAUACAAAUCCA